AGGCAAGAUGGGAAACGUUUGAUCUGUGUCAAUUACUGCUAAAAGCCUUGUACUAGGAGGACAGGCAAAAGCCCGUAUUUCUGCGACUCAGUUGCAUAGGAAAUAAGGACUAAGGUGAAUAAAGUGCGUAACCCUGGAUGAUGGUGGGUUCGAAUGAGCGGGGAGAGGGCAGCAAUUCUGUCCAGAGGAGAGAUGAUGAAGGCCAGGCGUUAAUGGUCAAGGUCUCCCAUGGUUCUACACUUGUCGACAUCUCUGUACCCUCCAAUUCUACUUUUGGGGAUUUGAAGAGAGUUAUUGCUCAAGAAACUGGUUUGGAGCCUCAGCUACAGAAGCUUUUCUUUAGAGGGAAAGAAAAGGAAGAUGGCGACCUUUUACAGAUGGCAGGCAUCAAGGAUAAUUCAAAGCUAGUACUCAUGGAGGAUGCAGGAGAUAAGCAGAUGAACCCUCAAGAGAUAAAUGAACCUAGUGAGGUAUCAAGAGGAGGUGCUGCUGUAUUUGAGGUUAGAGCAGAAGUUGAUAAGCUAUCCGAACAGGUGUCUGCCCUACAAGCAGUUGUGCAUACUGGGAACAAGGUUGACGAGAGGAAUAUUGUUUACUUAACAGAGAUGCUUAUGAGACAGUUGCUGAAAUUGGACAGCAUUGAGGCCGAAGGAGAAGGGAAAAUUCAAAGGAAGCUGGAGGUCCGUCGAGUUCAGAGCUUAGUGGAAACAAUGGACACCCUCAGGGCAAGAAACUCCAACCCCUUCAGUGACUGCACUAAUGCUGUAUCUGUAACAACUAACUGGGAGACAUUUGAUUCUGGAGUAGCUGAUCCUAAUGCUCCAACCCCUGUGCCAUGUUCCAUUAAGGUGAACCAGGAGUGGGAACAAUUUGACUAGUUGUAGCUAUCUCCAGUUUGGAGUAUAUUACUGGGGAGUUUGCAAUGUGUAAGGUGAUGUACACACUUUCAUGUGGUACUAUUCUUUUUGUUUUUAAUUCUUAGACUUUAGCCUUUUUCGGAUGCAAAUCUUCCCACAUUAGAGAAUACGUGUUAUGCUUUAAUAAUAGAUGGUUUCUACUGUUUAA